ACUGGGGUUAAAGGCUGCGAGACUCUGUCCUGCCUUAGCGCAGCAGCGUUUUCCUGAUCUCUGAGUGCUUGCCUGUGUUUUAGUUGAUUUGCAUCUCUCACUACAGCCCCUAACGGUAAAUACCUCUUCCGACUGGUCCAAAAACGGAGCUCUGAAAGGGAGUAGUGUUGUGGCCCAGAUAUAUGUCUGUGUCAGACUUCUUAAUUGUAAUAAGGCCUUCAAACUUCAUGUCUGUUGCCUUACGACUGAAAACGUUUGAAAUGUGUAGGCCGGUAACUAACUUGUUCCCCCUUAAUAAUUGCGUUGGUUAUUUGUUAUCCUUUCUUUCCCCUGGGAUGAGCCAAAGCCUCGGGUGUUUCAUAAAACCCAAGAAGAGAUUGCCACCGAAUGAUGUAAACAUGUGCCAAAGCAAAUCUUGGAUAGAAAAAUUACCAAAACAGGCAACCAAAACUAAGGCACCUGAUGACUUAGUUGCUCCUGUUGUGAAGAAACCACAUAUCUAUUACGGAAGUUUGGAAGAGAAGGAGAGGGAGCGUCUGGCCAAAGGAGAGUCUGGGAUUUUGGGAAAAGAAGGACUUAAAGCUGGAAUUGAAGCAGGAAAUAUUAACAUAACCUCUGGAGAGGUGUUUGAAAUUGAAGAGCACAUCAGUGAACGACAGGCUGAAGUAUUAGCCGAGUUUGAGAGAAGAAAGCGAGCCCGGCAAAUCAAUGUUUCCACUGAUGACUCAGAGGUCAAGGCUUGCCUUAGAGCCUUGGGGGAGCCCAUCACACUCUUUGGAGAGGGUCCGGCUGAAAGAAGAGAAAGGUUAAGAAAUAUCCUCUCAGUGGUUGGUACUGAUGCCUUAAAAAAGACCAAAAAAGAUGAUGAGAAAUCUAAGAAGUCCAAAGAAGAGUAUCAACAAACCUGGUACCAUGAAGGACCAAACAGCCUGAAGGUUGCUAGACUGUGGAUUGCUAAUUAUUCGCUGCCAAGGGCAAUGAAACGCUUAGAAGAGGCCCGUCUCCAUAAAGAGAUUCCAGAGACAACAAGGACCUCCCAGAUGCAAGAGCUGCACAAAUCUCUCCGGUCUUUGAAUAAUUUCUGCAGUCAGAUUGGGGAUGAUCGGCCUAUCUCCUACUGCCACUUUAGUCCUAAUUCCAAAAUGCUGGCCACAGCUUGUUGGAGUGGGCUUUGCAAGCUCUGGUCUGUUCCCGAUUGCAACCUCCUUCACACUCUCCGAGGCCAUAACACAAACGUAGGAGCAAUUGUAUUCCAUCCAAAAUCCACUGUCUCCUUGGACCAGAAAGAUGUCAAUCUGGCGUCUUGUGCUGCUGACGGUUCUGUGAAGCUUUGGAGCCUUGACAGUGAUGAACCAGUGGCAGAUAUUGAAGGCCAUACAGUACGUGUGGCCCGUGUAAUGUGGCAUCCAUCAGGACGUUUCUUGGGCACCACUUGCUAUGACCGCUCAUGGCGCUUAUGGGAUUUAGAGGCUCAAGAGGAGAUCCUGCAUCAGGAAGGCCACAGCAUGGGCGUGUAUGACAUCGCCUUCCAUCAGGAUGGCUCUUUGGCUGGCACUGGGGGACUGGAUGCGUUUGGUCGUGUUUGGGACCUGCGUACAGGACGGUGUAUCAUGUUCCUAGAAGGCCACCUGAAGGAAAUCUAUGGAAUAAAUUUCUCCCCCAAUGGCUACCACAUUGCAACCGGCAGCGGUGACAACACCUGCAAAGUGUGGGACCUCCGGCAGCGGCGCUGUGUCUAUACCAUCCCCGCCCAUCAGAACUUAGUGACCGGUGUCAAGUUUGAGCCUAUCCAUGGGAAUUUCCUGCUUACUGGUGCUUACGACAACACAGCCAAGAUCUGGACACAUCCAGGCUGGUCCCCACUGAAGACUUUGGCUGGCCAUGAAGGCAAAGUGAUGGGCCUAGACAUUUCUUCCGAUGGGCAGCUCAUAGCCACUUGCUCUUAUGACAGGACCUUCAAGCUCUGGAUGGCUGAAUAGGCAGGACCGUGGAAAAAGGACUCUAACCUCAAGCUCUCCCUUAAGAACCAUUUUCAAAAGAAAGGGAUUGAUAUUUUUUGUCCUAUCACGUUUUUUGCCAGUUAUUGUGUGUAGACCCUCUAAAGAAUUGGAUCUCCGGGCCUCCCUCCACUCCAGGUAGGCAGCCAAGUCUCUGGGUGUUGAUGAGCCCAUUUCAUAGUUGAAAUUUUAAUUUUCAUCUUCAAGCCCUGCCAUGGACUGUGUAGACAUUGUUUUUGUUAAUCUUUUGUUUGAAUGCCUUGUUGCCUCCUUCACAGCACUCAGGAUUGUGACUGGCUCCAUUUUUAAUUUUGAAACUUGGCUUUCCAUUACAUGGUACAUGCUUCAGGACUACAUGUGACCCACAGAGCAAGGUGGCUGGCCCAUAGUCUGGAAGCCCUCAGCUUAAGAGGCACUUCUCACCACACACUGGUUAACUGAUGCCUGACAGUGGGAACCUUUCCUCUACCUUGAGAAGGGAUUUGAAGAGGUAGACCACAGCUGUGCUCAGAGCGAUGCAGCAAAGAAGAUUUUACCUCUUCCUGUUGAGUUCAAAUGGGAUGCUCACUGCAACAGGAAGCUCAGAACUAAACAUUGGCCCUGUCAGAAAAUAUCCUCCAUUUUGCUCUGAAGUUUGGCAUCCUUCGUGUCAGCCCAAAGCUAGGCCAUCGUGUCAAGAUGCAGUGAAACUUGUAGGACGCAAACGUGAAGUCUGUGUUGUGCCACCUCCUCUGUGUUGGUUAGAGGACAUACCCUGUGUGUCCAGGUGACUGGAAAAAACCCUAGUGGGCAUUCUUGAACAUAAACCUUUUCUUUUUUUUCUUUAUUACACACUUGCUACAGAGUAAAAUUCUGUCAUAAAAACUGUCCUUUAAAAACUUAUUUUGUAUCCUUAAGCAUUUUUUGAAUCGCAGCCAUCGGUCCAUAGAAGCCCCCCCCCCCCCUUUUUUGUUGUUGUUUUUGGUUUGAGAUACAACGGAUGAUAUUAAAUAUGGCUUAUUCCA